GCGCAGGGGCCACAGUGUGGGGUGUGUUUGAACAAGAGACACAGAAAAGUUGGUUGCGGAUUUUUCUGGCGUCUGACCUGCAGCACCAUCCGUCGAGAGCAUCAUGGCAAACAAAGCACAGCAGCCUCCUCACCUGCACCUGGCCGAGGUCACCGCGUCCCAGUUCCUCGACAUUUGGAAACAUUUCGACGCUGACGGUAAUGGCUAUAUUGAGGGGAAGGAGCUGGAGAACUUCUUCAGGGAGUUGGAGAUGGCCCGAAGAGGAGCAGGGGUGGACCCGUCAAACCCCACAUUCAGAGAAAAGAUGAAGGAGUUCAUGCAGAAGUUUGACAAGAACAAAGAUGGGCGGAUUGAGAUGUCAGAGCUGGCCCAGAUUCUCCCAACUGAAGAGAACUUCUUGCUUUGCUUCAGACAGUUUGUCAGCUCCAGUGCUGAGUUCAUGGCGGCAUGGCGGCGAUAUGAUACAGAUCGCAGUGGCUACAUUGAAGCAAAUGAAUUGAAGGGCUUUCUGUCAGACCUGCUGGAGAAGGCUAACAGACACUACGAUGACCAGAAGCUCCAGGAGUACACACAGACCAUACUCAGGAUGUUUGAUCUGAAUGGAGAUGGGAAGUUGGGUCUAUCAGAGAUGGCAAGGCUUCUCCCUGUUCAGGAGAAUUUCUUACUCAAAUUUGAGGGUGUCAAGUUGACCACUGAGCAAUUCAAUGCCAUCUUCACAUUCUAUGACAAGGAUGGGAAUGGCUACAUUGAUGAGCAGGAGUUGGAUGCCCUGCUACGAGACCUUUACCAGAAAAACAAGAAGGAGGUGGACUUGAAGAACCUGUCGGGCUAUAAGCAGAGCAUCAUGAGUCUGUCUGACGGAGGGAAGCUCUACCGUGGCGAGCUGGAAAUUGUCCUCUGCAGGGAACCAAUUGUGUGACUCUCCCUCUUCUCCUGUUGCAUAUCAUAAUUUUCUCUGCCUGCCCUGCCCCGCUCUCCCAAGACCACACCCACUUCCAGCUGCCUGGCAACAUAUACCAGGUGCAUGUGCCCGACACCCCCCCAUCAUGCCCCCCCCCCCCAAAGUUACAAAUUCAGAAUGAAUGAUCAUUGCACUGACAGCUCUGACAACAGCUCUUUCCAUAAACCCUUAAUCUCUACAACCUGACUUCUCAACCCUAAACAUGACCCUUCUGAAACCUCAACUUUUCACCUUCUCAACUCUCCCCCAUGUCCAUUUCUGACCAAAUCCCCGUCCCUGCUGUCCAUGCUGUGCCUGACUUGCAACGCCUGACCAAAAGCCCGAACCCAUUAUUCCAUUGAAAUUACCUUUUGACUUGUUGACCUGAACCCUGACCCCGGCUUCAUUGACUCCUCCUUCCCUUUGCUCUUUCAACUUUGCAUUAGAUACAAUAUAUAGUCAAAUAAAAUUGCAGACAGCUGUGUUUAAUUUGAUCUAAUUUUCAGUCUGUGAUGGAACUGGUAUUGAUUUUUCCACCGCGAUAUGUCUUUAAGACCUCUCGUUCCAUUACCAUGAAACGAUUUUCAUUUUCAAUGUUUGUUUUUCGGCUGAUACUGUCAAUUGAAAUAAUAAUAAAAUGUCUUAAGAUAAAAGUUU